AUGUGCUUGGUUCAGGACGUGAUCAGUCAGUACCUACCUGCUGGUAUCGGCUGCGGUGCCGGUCUCUCGGGUUCUAGGCCUUGCGGUCUAUAUUCCGGACUUUCUACUAUUGGAGAUUAUGGUUGUGGUAGCGGUAUCGGAGCUCCUGGGGCAUAUCUAGGUGCAGGUCUGCUCGCUUCGGAGUCUGCUUACGGUUUUUCCUCAGCAGGAGCUUACGGCGGCUCUGGCAUCGGUGAUGUAUUAGUGUUUGGGGAAUUGCCUGUUGGUGGUUCCACACUAAUUGGUGGACAGGUGCCUAUCCUUGGCGCUGUUUGUUUUGAAGGAGCUGUCCCUGCUGCUGGUUCGGUUUCCAUUGCUGGCAGUUGUGGUUGUGGGUGCAAUGGUUACAUUUAC